AAGCUCAUUAGUUUGCUGUCGGACAUGGAUCGGAGAUCAAGAACAAUUUUGUGGCUCGGGUGUUUGCUCCUACUUGGAAUAUUUGCAGAGGCUGGAAAGAAGCCUUUGCUCAUCAAUCCAAAUGAACUAGUGAUGGACCGAAUGUUGCGCCAAAUGAACGAGACAGCCAAUCCUUGUCUGGAUUUCGAAAACUAUGCUAAUGGCAGGUCUUACAACCAUUAUUAUUCGUCGAUGUUUGACAAUAUGCGUCGCAAGAACCAUGCUUUGUUCGAGUAUCUUAAGAAUCGAGCCCACGAGUCAGGCAGUGUGGAAGAAUUGGUAAGCAAAAUGUACAACGCCUGCCAAUCCGACGAAAAGGGGAACAAGAAGGCGAACUAUUUGGAGUUGGUUCAGCCGGACAUCAAUCUCCCCUGGCCCCAAAAUACGCCUGAUGGCAGCCAGUGGCCCGAGGAGCGCUUCCAGUGGCUAGUGACCCUCGCCCGAUUGCGUCGCUAUGGAAUGGAAGAUGGCUUCCUAAAGAUGAGCCUCAAAGUGGAUCCUCGAGAUCGCAGCAAGUACACGGUGGUGAUCCAAAAACCUAUUUUGGUUGGAAUUAUAUUUGCCGAGGAGUGGUUGCUUGAAAUGGGAUUCAACAGGAGUAAAGCUAACUUCUUAAGUGAAGAUUUGGAAAAACUCGCAAAAACUUUAAAUGAUCAGAAUGAGAAUAGAACGCUUAGGAAGCGUUAUACUCUUCAGGAGCUGGAAAGUCAGCAUGGAAUUUUCCUAAAAAAAUAUCUCGAGAUCGUUUUCGAUCGCCAUUUUUCACCGAGCUUCCAGUUGCAGAUUGUUGAUGUGGACUCUUUAGUUAAGCUCAAUCAACUGAUAAGCAACUACAAUCAGGAGACAGUGGCCGUCUUUCUGAUGAAACAGUUCACCGAUUUCAUGAGUUUAAAAAGAACAGUAAAUGCAGAUUCACCUUACCGUUGCGAUGUGAUCGUAAGAAGCACAAUGGAGUUUGCCACCAAUCUGCUGUAUGAAGAAGAAGUGUUGAGUGCGAAGGAACUUGGGGAGUACCAAUCCCAGGUUCCAAAAUUGGUUGAAGCGAUCAUCAAGCCAAUUAUAAAGAGAGUGGAAGCAAAUCGACUCGGCUUACCAUCUCCCAAUAUAUUGGCUGCCAAGCAGAUUCUUAGCGAGAUUUCCACAAAUGUGGGAAAUAUGCCAAAGGAUAAGGAUCACCGCCGCUUUGUAACAGAUUACUACGCGGAUCUUGACUUGGAGAGCGAUGACGACUUCACCAUCAUUCACUUGAAGAUGUGCCAGCUUAACACUCGUCGUGAGUUGGAGAAACUGGACAAUCCAGUGUCGGCAGAUCCGACCCCUUUAAAACAAAUAAUUGGUGUAGGUUAUCUCAACACAAUUAUAUUUUCCUACACCGUUUUGAGCGAACCUUUCUUUAUGACUCGUGCGCACGACGUUUUCAAGUUCAGCCAACUUGGCAGUCUUGUCGCUCUGACACUUAUUGAUGUCUUGGCUUCUUCGGACCCUGACUAUUGCUUUUUUAAUGCGGUGAAGACAUUGGAUGAUCUGGAUAUAUAUGGGGAAAUGCAAGUAGACUGCAACACCAAAAUCAUUGAAUUCCAGAAACUUUACCAAGUGAGCCUCAAUCUGGUCCAUGAAGCUUACUUCUCCCCGGGAUCUGGGUUUUAUCAAUCGCAGCCCACCUUCACCAACAUGUCCGUGAAACAGCUUUUCUAUGUGCAUGCGGCGCAGCACGUCGCAGGAAACUUUCGUAUGACUAAGAUCCCCGACUUUGUGGAGGUCUUUAAUUGUUCAAGUUCCUCGUAAAAUACAAUUUAUAUUAAAAAACAUUUUAUAAAGUUAUACAAAAUAAAACGUAUAGAACAAAUA